AGUCCGGCCCUGGAAACAGCUGUUCGGCGAUGUGAUAAUAAUUUCGGUUUUUUUUUGUACCAAAACACGUUCGACCCGUAAUAACCGUUUUUCUGAAUUGAAAUUUAAGUAAAAGACUUUCGGCAGAGAUGUCCUUCACGCCGAACGCCGAAAUCCUGCAGGAAGCUCCGCAGGCACAGCUCCAAAAGCCCCGGAUGUUCGACGAUGCCGCUCUGGACCGUAUGGCCAUGCAGUUCGUGGGCAAUAUGCAGCGCUACCGCGAGAACAUCGUAAUCCCAAGCAACGGUCCGGUAAAGAUCAAGACCAAUGAAGAGAAGCUCAUUGAAUCGGGGGUGGAGAGCUGUGGCUUCAAGUGCGCCAUGGCCUGUGUUAUGGGCUAUGGUCUCGGAGCUGCCUUGGGUCUGUUCAGUGCCUCCGUUAAUCCCAGCAUGGCAGAUCCCUUCGCCAAUACAAAGAAGCAAACUGCCCGCGAGGUCUUCCGUGAGAUGCGAGGCACCACCCACUCCUAUGCGAAAAAUUUCGCCCUGAUCGGUAUGAUGUUCUCCGCGGUAGAGUGCACCAUCGAGAGUCAUCGAGCCGUCACGGAUUGGAAGAAUGGCACCAUUGCCGGAGGCGUCACCGGAGGACUAAUUGGCCUGAGAGCUGGCAUCAAGGCGGGCAUCAUUGGAGGACUGGGAUUCGCUGCCUUCUCCACGGCAAUCGAUUACUACAUGCAUUCUAGAUAGGCUCUGUUUUUUUUCAGUUAUAAAUGUUCGUCUUUAACCAAUGCGUA